AUCUUCAUCAUCAAAAAUACGAAUCCAUCUCUCAAUCUUAGAUCCGGGAAGCUAAUUUCUCUCCUCCGAUCGGUGAAUGCAGUUACAUUGACCUCGGAUCUAACCAAGCUCUUGUGGUUUCUUACUCUCUACCUCGUGGAAUUCUGAAAAAAUGGGGGAGAAAUCCAAGUCAAGAGGUUGGUGCGGUUGGUUUAUCGCGAUUAUUGUGCUAGCUUCUGUUGUCCUCGCCGUCGUUUACACUGUCAAAUUGAGAAUGAAGAAAUCCGGUGACGAUGAUGGUAGUGGUCCCGUUCCUGGACCUCCCGGCGCCAUUGAUAAGAAAUACGCCGACGCUCUCAAGCUCGCUUUGCAGUUCUUCGAUAUCCAGAAAUCUGGUAAAUUGGAGAACAAUAAGAUAUCUUGGAGAGGAGAUUCAGGUCUUAAAGAUGGAAGUGAAGCCAAUCUUGAUCUUUCCAAGGGUUUAUAUGAUGCUGGAGAUCAUAUUAAGUUUGGUUUUCCAAUGGCUUUCACUGCUACAGUUUUGUCAUGGUCGAUUCUUGAGUAUGGUGAUCAAAUGAAUGUAGUGAACCAAUUGGAUCCUGCUAAAGACUCACUCCGUUGGACCACUGACUAUCUUAUCAAAGCUCAUCCUUCUGAUAAUGUCCUUUAUAUUCAGGUGGGAGAUCCAAAAGUAGAUCAUCCAUGCUGGGAGAGACCAGAGGAUAUGAAAGAGAAGAGACCACUCACUAAAAUUGAUGCAGAUACUCCAGGGACAGAGGUUGCUGCGGAAACUGCUGCAGCUAUGGCUUCAGCAUCUUUGGUUUUUAAGGAUAGUGAUCCGACAUAUUCAGCAACGCUUCUGAAGCAUGCGAAGCAGUUGUUUGAUUUUGCAGAAACUAAGAGAGGCUCUUACAGUGUCAACAUACCUGAGGUUCAGAAGUUUUACAAUUCAACGGGAUAUGGUGAUGAGCUACUAUGGGCAGCUAGUUGGUUGUAUCAUGCAACUGAGGACAAAACUUACCUUGAUUAUGUGUCUAGUCAUGGAAAAGAAUUUGCUAGUUUUGGAAAUCCAACUUGGUUUAGUUGGGACAACAAGCUUGCAGGAACACAGGUACUAUUAUCAAGAUUACUCUUCUUUAAAAAAGAUUUAUCAGGAAGCAAGGGACUUGGAAAUUACAGGAACACAGCUAAAGCUGUCAUGUGUGGACUCUUACCAAAGUCUCCAACUGCUACAGCUAGUAGAACAAACGGUGGCCUUAUAUGGGUUAGUGAAUGGAACUCGAUGCAACAAUCUGUUUCUUCAGCGUUCUUAGCCUCGCUUUUCAGUGAUUACAUGCUCACUUCCCGUAUCCAUAAAAUAUCAUGCGACGGGAAAAUCUUCAAAGCAACAGAGCUCAGAGAUUUCGCCAAAUCGCAGGCUGAUUACAUGCUCGGGAAGAAUCCGCUGGGAACAAGCUUCGUGGUGGGUUAUGGAGACAAAUACCCACAAUUUGUACAUCAUAGAGGAGCUUCGAUUCCGGCAGAUGCAACCACGGGUUGCUUAGAUGGAUUCAAAUGGUUUAACUCAACGAAACCAAACCCAAACAUAGCAUAUGGUGCACUCGUAGGUGGGCCUUUCUUCAACGAGACGUUCACUGACUCACGAGAGAACCCGAUGCAGAACGAACCAACCACUUACAACAAUGCACUCCUCGUUGGUCUCUUGUCUAGUCUUGUCACUACCUCUUCUGCUUUACAAUCGUUGAAAAACCCUAGUCUCCAUAGACGACGAAGGCAUCUUCUUCUUCUUCGAUUGCUCUGCUCAGGAUCAAAAAUCGUCGGUUUAGUUCUCCGGUUAAAAGUUUUGUCCCCGCAAGGAAUUGGAUCUUCAAUGGAGGGGUUAAAGCUUUCAGAAGCGGAAUUGAUGAUUUAUAUUCAUCCUUCGAAGAGCAGAAACGUUUUUCAGGCGAUUUGUCGCGAGCUCAGUUCUCUUCUAUUCCAGUAUAAUGAAACCUUCGAUGGCGUUCUAUUGGCUUAUGAUGCUACUGUCAAAAGCAAACAAGCUAAAAUCCUUGCAGGACUUCAUCCUUACUUUGGCGUGAGAGUUAACACUAGACUACUCCUUUUUGAUCCAAAGCCCAAAAGUUUUGUAGAAGGGAAAAUUGUGAAGAUUUCUCCAGAGUCAAUCCAUGUUAUUGUUCUUGGUUUUUCUGCUGCAGUCAUUACAGACGUUGAUAUCCGGGAAGAGUUCAAGUACAGAGUGAGAGAUGGUGAAGGUUCUUUCGUGAGCAGAUCGCAUAAACGGCAUGCACUAAAGCUUGGAACUAUGUUGCGCCUUCAAGUCCAAAGUUUUGAUGAAGAGGUAAUGCAUAUAGCUGGAUCUCUACUUCCGGAAAACACAGGAUGCGUUAAGUGGCUGGAAAAGAAGUCUGAAGAAGCUUUGCAUACAGAUAGGGAUCAUAAAAGGAGGAAAUUUGCCUGAGGAAUUAUGAAAAUACAAAACAGUAGAAGAAGUUUGAAAUGAAGAGAAGCAGCGAUGCUGAAUUUUUGCUGUACCAAAUCUUUUUAUGUAAACUGUUUUUUUAAUGUACUAUUGGUACCUUCCAUUUUGAAUCUGAAUGUUCUUUCUAAUCAAUAUCAAAAUUGUUA